AUGUAUUUGGUGAACAACUCAUUCUCGAGAACUCUUAAGCUGCCAAACACCAAACAUGAUUCCAUUGACUCUGUAGACGUUUCUCAUAACAAUUUCAGUGGUCAACUCCCUAAGAAUAUUAGUAAGAUCUUUUCGAAUUCCUUAAGCCGUUUGUCCAUGUCCGAUAAUUGUUUUGAAGGCAAUCUUCCUUUAUCAAUGGGUGAAAUGAAAGCACUUACAAGGAUGGAUUUGUCCAACAACCAAUUUUCAAGAGAGUUACCCAGUGAUUUUCUCAUCGGUUGCUUCUCGUUGAAAUUUUUGAACUUGUCAAACAACAAUUUUCAUGGGCAAAUAUUUCCUCAAUAUAUGAACUUGCCUUACUUGAGAUACAUAUAUUUGAACAAUAACAGCUUCAGUGGAAAAAUCGGAAAAGGAUUACUAAAUUCUACGUCUUUAGAAGCCUUAGAUAUCUCCAACAACAAGAUAUCUGAUAAAGUUCCCAACUGGAUAGGACAAAGUGAUAUUCAUAAUGGGCAUAGGUCCACAAAAGAUUUGGCACUUGAACAAGAGUCCAUGCCUCAUUUUUCAUAUUACUACAAUUCCACUUUAUCAUUGAGUUCGUUUGUCGAUGAUUUUCCAUAUUUAUAUCAUCGCUUUGAAGUGAAUUUUUUGACAAAGAAUAGGUACGAUUCUUACAAGGGUGACAUUCUUAACUUUAUGACUGGAAUGGAUUUGUCGAACAAUGACUUGAUUGGAGAUAUCCCGUCAGAAAUUGGAGACCUUCAAGAAAUCAAAGCAUUGAAUUUGUCCAAUAAUUUCUUGUCAAAAUCUAUACCAAAGAGUUUUUCCAAUCUAAAAGGUAUAGAAAGCUUAGAUCUUUCCCAUAAUAAACUAAGUGGCCAAAUUCCUCAACAAUUGACCGAGUUAAACUAUUUAGAAGUCUUUAAUGUAUCGUACAACAGUUUGUCUGGGCUGACUCCUAAUGAAGGUCAGUUCGCUACCUUUGGUGAAAGCAGUUAUGUAGGUAAUUCUGGUCUUUGCAUUACACUAGUUAAUAAGAGCUGCACCAGUGCGCCAACUCCACCCUUGUUACCAGCCAAUGGAGAAGAAGGAGAAGAAUCUGCAAUUGACAUGGUGGCAUUUUAUUGGAGUUUUUUUGGAUCAUAUGUCACUAUCAUAUUGGGGUUAUUGGUGAUUCUUUGGAUCAACUCACGUUGGCGUAUGCUAUGGUUUUAUUAUAUUGGUGAAUGCAUUGAUUUGUGUUUUUAUUGGCUUUCAAAAUAUGUAUCAUGCCAGGCCACAAACAAUAGAGCAACUUGA